AUGGCAUUUUCUUCAUCUCUUUCUCCAUCAUUCUCCGCCCUCAAUCCCACCACUCUUCCCGCCACCUCCACUCCUACUCCUCCUUGUCCCACUUGCAGCACCCCAAUUUUCCGACGAACCUCCAAUUCUCCUCUCCCUAAGAUCUAUCCUUUUCCUCCUCCCACCUCCUCCUUCAGCUUAGAUUCUAAUCCGAGAAUUGGAAGAGGGGAUUUAUCAAUGUCCAUCUCACCCGCUUCAGCUGCUAGUGCAGCUGCCGUGGUUCUUGAUGAAGCUGUAGAACGAGUUCACCUGCCGAAGGGCGACACUUGGUCAAUUCAUAAAUUUGGCGGUACUUGUGUGGGAACUUCAGAGCGAAUUAAAAAUGUUGCCAAAAUUGUAGUUAACGAUGAAUCGGAGAGAAAGUUGGUUGUCGUCUCCGCCAUGUCAAAGGUUACUGACAUGAUGUAUGAACUCAUUCACAAAGCAGAGUUCCGCGAUGAAUCUUACAUUACUGCACUCGACGCUGUGUAUGAGAAACACAAGUCAACCGCGUGUGAUCUGCUUGAUGGGGAUGAACUUGCCAGCUUUUUAUCUCGAUUGCUCGAUGACAUUAAUAACCUCAAAUACAUGCUCCGUGCUAUAUUUAUUGCUGGUCAUGCAACAGAAUCCUUUUCAGAUUUUGUUGCGGGGCAUGGAGAGUUAUGGUCAGCACAGAUGCUGGCUGCUGUUGUCAGGCAGAAUGGAGUGGACUGUAACUGGAUGGACACCAGAAAGGUUCUUGUUGUAAUUCCUACAAGUUCAAACCAGGUCGACCCUGAUUAUGAAGAGUCCAGUAAACGGCUCGAAAGGUGGUAUUCUGAGAAUCCGUGUGACACAAUUAUAGCCACCGGUUUUAUAGCUUCCACACCACAAGAUAUUCCUACGACUUUGAAGAGAGAUGGCAGUGACUUUUCCGCAGCCAUUCUGGGUUCUUUGUUCAGAGCUCGUCAGGUCACUAUAUGGACAGAUGUUGAUGGCGUAUAUAGUGCAGAUCCUAGGAAAGUUAAUGAAGCUGUGAUUUUGGAGAAACUGUCCUAUCAGGAGGCCUGGGAAAUGUCAUACUUCGGGGCAAACGUGUUGCAUCCGCGGACAAUAAUUCCAGUCAUGCGUUACGACAUUCCAAUUGUCAUCCGGAAUAUCUUCAACCUUUCUGCUUCCGGAACGAUGAUCUGUAGGCCCUCUUCUGCUCUUGAGGAGGAUGAUAAUGACCAGAAAUUAGUAUCUUCUGUUAAAGGUUUUGCAACGAUCGAUAACCUGGCACUCGUGAACGUUGAAGGAACUGGAAUGGCCGGAGUUCCUGGCACAGCUAGUGCUAUUUUUGGUGCUGUCAAAGAUGUUGGAGCUAAUGUGAUCAUGAUAUCCCAGGCAAGUAGUGAGCAUUCAGUGUGCUUUGCUGUGCCUGAAAAGGAAGUAAAGGCUGUUGCUGAAGCAUUACAGGCUAGGUUUGGCGAAGCCUUAAAUGCUGGACGCCUUUCUCAGGUUCAAAUUAUCCCAAACUGUAGCAUAUUGGCAGCAGUUGGGCAGAAAAUGGCAAGUACCCCUGGAGUCAGUGCCACUCUCUUCAAUGCACUUGCGAAGGCAAAUAUUAAUGUUCGUGCAAUAGCUCAAGGUUGCUCGGAGUACAACAUCACCGUAGUCGUGAGGCGCGAAGAUUGUAUAAGGGCCCUAAGAGCAGUGCACUCUAGGUUUUAUUUGUCGAAAACCACAAUCUCAAUGGGGAUUAUUGGUCCUGGAUUGAUUGGUGGUACUUUACUUGACCAGCUUAGAGACCAGGCAGCAGUCCUGAAGGAAAAAUUUAACAUUGAUUUGCGUGUUUUGGGGAUAACCGGAUCGAAGAAAAUGCUUUUGAGUGACAAGGGCAUUGACCUGUCUCAAUGGAGGGAACUCAAAAGGGAAAAUGGAGAAGUAGCCGACAUCGAAAAGUUUGUUCACCAUGUGCAUGGGAAACAUUACAUCCCGAAUACAGUUUUGGUGGAUUGUACUGCAGAUUCGUUUGUUGCAAGUCAUUAUUACGAGUGGUUGCGUCGAGGAAUACAUGUCAUUACACCAAACAAGAAGGCCAAUUCCGGACCUCUUGAACAGUAUCUGAAGCUGAGAGCUCUUCAAAGGCAAUCUUAUACUCAUUACUUCUAUGAAGCAACAGUUGGAGCUGGUCUACCAAUCAUUAGCACCUUACAAGGUUUGCUUGAAACUGGCGAUAAAAUACUGCGUAUUGAGGGCAUUUUCAGUGGGACACUGAGUUAUAUUUUCAACAACUUCAAAGGCUCAAGAGUUUUUAGUGAAGUGGUGAAGGAGGCGAAAGAGGCGGGUUACACGGAACCAGAUCCAAGAGAUGACCUAUCUGGAACUGAUGUGGCUAGAAAGGUAAUAAUUCUUGCAAGAGAAGCUGGAUUGAAGUUGGAGCUUUCAGAUAUCCCUAUCGAGAGUUUGGUUCCAGAACCUUUGAGGGAUAUUGCAUCUGCUGAGGACUUCAUGCAGAAGCUGCCACAAUAUGAUGAAGAUCUGGCAAAGCGAAGACUAGAGGCUGAAGAAUCUGGCGAAGUUCUACGGUACGUGGGAGUCGUGGACGUUGUGAAGAAAAAAGGAACAGUUGAACUGCGAAAGUACAAGAAGGAAGAUCCAUUCGCUCAACUAUCAGGAUCAGAUAACAUCAUUGCGUUCACUAGCGAAAGGUACAAGAAGCAGCCGUUGAUUGUCCGAGGCCCUGGUGCAGGAGCAGAAGUUACAGCUGGGGGAGUAUUUAGUGACAUCUUGCGGCUUGCUUCCUACCUUGGUGCUCCAUCAUAG